UGGUGGCUUUGGAUGUGAAAUGCAUCCUUGGAUAAUGUCAGUAUUCAACAAAUGCCAAGAACUUUAAUUGGCAUUUAAAAAUUCCAUAUUUUUAGUUGCUCUUAUCAUGUGUUAUCUGAGUUUUCAUUGUGGAUGUGGAUUAGUUUGUAAACUGUUCAAUGCUAUCUCAAUAUGAGAAGAUUUACAAGGCCAUGAAAAAUGUUCACUUCUGGGUAUGUGUGCCAAAUAUUUCUUGAUUGUUUUAUUGUUUCUUUUGUGUAGAGAAUAAAUUGAAUUUGCCUUGAGAUUGGAGAGAGUUGAAUGCAUGACGGAUGGGGAUUUCACACGGAUGUUGCAGAAGAUGGUUUUGGGACAGAAGUGUUCUGUUUGGAAAUGACUCAGCUGUUAUUUAAUAUUUUAAAAAUUCCAUUUCGGUACCAUCUGAAGUGCCAUAUAGGUUCUCUAUUUAAAGCCUCUAAUUUGUGGUGGGGAAGGGAAAUGAGCUGGCAGUCUGAUUGCAAGUAAGUUCAGCACAAUUGAGUUUUGUUUAUCUUCCACUCAUUGUCUGGUUUACUAGUUGAACAACAGGGAUCAGUGUUCAAAAGCCCUAUUGCAGCAAUGUGUUACAGUAGCUCCAUUGUAUUUUUAGGUUAGUGGUUCAGAAUCAUUGUUCUAAAGAUGUGAAUUCAAAUCUGUUAGCACCAGCAAGGGAGUUUGUAUUUAACCAAGUAAGUGAAUCUAGAAUGGCAGAGAAAUUGAAUAUUUUGUCUCCUUGGGAAGAAGACUGAAAUCCUCCAAAAAUGGUGGAAAAUGACAAAUCUAAAGCAAACGAAAUCUCAAAUUAUUAUUAGUAAAAAGAAAUGUCCUUGAAAAGUUGGUGGGACUGAAUGGUAAUAAAUCCCAAAAGUAUGAUAAAUAUCCCAAGGUUUUGUAGGUGUAACUCAAGAGAUAAUUGAUCACUUAUCACCAGCUUCCAAAAUAAUGAUCGGUUUUAGAACUAAAUUGGAAGGUAGGAAAUGUAACCCUACUAUUUAAGAAAGAUGGAAGAGAAAAUAAUGGGGAACUAUAGGCCACUUAGUCUUCUGUGAAUAGAAGUGAAAGUACUGGAAUUCAUUAUAAAGGGAGUGUUAACACAAUGCAUGGAAAACAAUAAUAGGAAUAGAGUUACUGGCUUAUGAAAGUAAAAUUAUAUUUGACAAAUCUGUUUGAAAUUGUUUAUAAUAACUAAGAGCUUAACUUUUGAUUUGGAUUCAGAAUUUCUUGGAAAAGGUGCUAUACUGAAGGGUUAUUAAACUAAAUUAUAUCAUAUAAUAUUGGGAUAAUGUAAUGGUGUGGAUUAACAAUUUUAAACGGACAGGAAUAAAAGUCAUUUUUAGUUUGUGAGGCUGUGAUCAAUGAAGGUCUGCAGUGAUUGAUGGUGAAGCCCCAGCUGUUCACAAUCUCUUGUCAAUGCUGUCAAUAAGGGGGUCAAGUGUAAUAUAUCCAAAUGUGCUAAUUAUACAAAAGUAGAUGGCAUUGUUGGCUGGGUGGAGGAUGCAGAGAUAUAAUCAGGACAAAUGGUUGGGCAAGAAAAUGCAAGUUGUGAAACUGAAAAAAAAACUAGGUUGUCUGUUUUGCUAGAAGAAAUAAAGGCAGAAUGGUAUUGCUUAGAGCAGGGAUUCUCAAUCAGGAUUCCGCAGAUCCUUAUGGUUCUGCGAGAGGUCGUUAGGGGUUCUGCAAAAGAUGGUGAUUUAAAAAAAAUAAACAUAGCUUUGUGAUCUUUGUGCGACGCACAAUGCUAGCGCUCACAGUAGUGGGCAGUGACCAAGCACCCCCGUUAGCAAUCUCAUUAAAGGACAGACUUUAUUUGGUUGCGUCCAUUCUCAGAUGGGGGAGGCCACUGAUACUUGGUAAGUACUGCAUUGCACGGAAGGGAGGACAGUAGGCUGAUAAGUGUGAAGUGCAUUUUCUGAGCAUUUAAUAGACUCUUCCAACUUGGGCUGUGACAUUAGCCUCUCCCUCCUGAAUUACCUCCCCCAACUUCCCCUUGCAUGCCACCAACUGACUUACCCUACUGGUGUAGUGGAAAUUGGAGGGAAAUUUUCAUUCUAAAGAAGGAACUUUUACGCGCUGAGACUCAGCUGCUGGCCUGCCAGUUUGCUGUUUUUUGUAAACAUUGCAAAAGGUGAUUGUGUAGGUUAGAAGUGAAUUGUCUUGUGAAGUUUUUGUAUUUUUUCACAGUUUUCCUGUUUAGUUAUUUAUUAUGCUGUUCUUUUAUAUAUUUUAUUAACCCCUGUGUUUUACAGACAUGUCUGACAGUACAGUCUUCUGAGUAUUGCACUGCACUGGUACAACAACAAACACAAAAAAAAAUCGUCUUUACAAUGAAAGCUACUUGUCAAUGGAUCUUACAUGGACUAGCAAUCCAAGUUGUCUUCUUCCAUUGUGUCUAGUCUAUAGCAAAUAACCUACAAAUGCAGCAAUAGCUCCAGCAAAAUUGAAGAGACACUUGACUACAAAUCACAGCCAUAGGACAUCUAAAAAUACCAAUUAUUUUAAACGCCUAUUGGAAUCUCAUAACAGAGAAAGUUUUUGUUAAUAAAGUCACAGUCAGUAAAAGGGUUCAGGAAGCAAGCUAUUUAGUAGCAAAAAUUUGUACCCAGAAAAGGAAAAGUCACACAGUUGACGAGAGCCUAAUAGUUCCAGCAUGUACAAUUAUAGAGGGCAAAAUGUUGGGACAAAAAGCAGUACUGAGAAAUUGAAAAAGUUUCCUCUCAAACUGUACUAUAAGUCAACAUAUUGAUGACAUGUCACAUUUGUGUGAUAAACUGAAAAUCCAUUGGCUCAUCAUCUCUCUCCAGGUUGUUGAGUCAAUGGAUUUCACCAAUAAAUAUCAUGUUGUAGCAUUUGUAAGAUUAGUAAAUGAUGAUGAAAAUCAAGAAAACUUUUUCUGCGCAAAGAGCUGCCUGAAACAAGCAAAGGCCAAGAUGUAUUUAAUGUUUUGUCUUCAUAGCUGGAAACAAAUUGUUUGUCUUGGAGAAACUGUGUUGCUUUGGCUUAUGGUUUUUAGUAACUUUACUAUUCAACAAUGUCACUAAAUUUUCAUGUUGUAAAUAGCAUUAAUUAAAAUCAAUUUACACCCUUUAUUUAAAUUAAAUCUAAUGAGCCUACCUUUAGAAACAUUAAAUCCCAUUUUAAUUUAAGCCAGUUAUUUAACAGAAAUUUAUUAUGUUUGCCUUAUGAGUUUUUAAAAUUUAUGAAAGGGAAUGAAAGAGAUUAAUUUCAAGAAAGGUAAGCUAAGCUUAACUGCCUUUUUUUUCCAAGCUAAAAAUAAAUUCUCUACUCAAAAGGGCAUUGACAAUUAUUUCUGGAUAUUAAACUGACUGAUCACUCUCACGUACUGUGUGCUGUGGGUAUAAUUUUUACGCAGGGAUUCCCAAGACCUGAAAAUUAUUUCAAAGAUUCCUCCAAGACAAAAAAGUUGAGAAAGGUCGGUUUAGAGGGUGGUUCUGUGCGUGAGUUGUAGAUGUACAGGUUCAACAAGCAGUUAGAAAGGUAAAUGUUUAUGCUGGAGGUACUGCUCCAAUUAUGGAGAACAUUAGUAAGACUGGACCUUGUUGAUAGCUCAGGUACUUCUACCAAGUAUAGAGUGAGUAUAGUGAAGGUUCACCAGAUUGAUUUGAGAAGGUGUUAAAUGAACAGGUCUUCUAUAAAACUCUUAAUUUCAGAAAAACUUCUGGAGAAGCAUACAGAAUGUUUAAAGAGCUCAAAGAGUAGUUAAAGAUUUCAUGAUUUCCGUGAUUUGAUACAUUCCAUACUAUCUCAGGAAGUUGCUGAGAGCACUAGAUACAGCAAAGAAUGCUCCAGGACAAAUUGAUUCUAUUUGACUUCUACUGAAUGAGUUUGCCAGUUAAUUUCCCAGUUAAAAUUUAUUUUGGCUGAUUCCUUCCACUGCCAACCCAUGAAUAUCAUUCAUCAGUCAGGUGAUGAAGUUGUCAAAAGUGCUAGCAAGAAGUACAUUUUUCAUCAUUAACCUUUCUACUGAUGCUUGGUUAGGAUUUCUCCAAAGCUGCUCUGUUCUUGAGCUCAUUACAGCCUUGGUCUGUACCAAGGCACAAAAUUUCAGUUGUCAAUUGAGACUGAUUAUCUUCACAUCAGAGCAGUAAGUGACCAAGAAUGGUAAAACUAAAAUCAUAGAAAUGGGGACGUUCUCCAUUAACUGGAAUUGUAUUUUGCACAAAAGAAAAUGUGGACAUUGCAGUCAAUCAUUUCACUCCCAUGAUAUUAUCAUUGGAGUUCCUCAAAGCAGUGUCUUAGUACCAGACAUCUCCUGCUGCUCUUUCAGCCACCUUCCUUCCAUCAUAAUUUCAGAAGUGGUGGAGGAUGGGUGCUUACUGUGCAAUGAUCAGUUUCACUUCAGUUCUUCAGUAAAUGAAGCAGCGUGUUUCUGUAUACAGCCUGGAAGGUUGGGCUGUCAAGUGAUGUAACUUGCAUGCCACUUAAGUGCCAGCCAAAGGCCAUCUCCAGUAAAUGUGCAACUGCUUACAUUUGACAUUCAAUUGACAUUACUUUCUGAUUUCCCUGGCAAUUUGCAUUAACAACCAUAGCUGCAAGAGCAGGUUGGUAAUGUGGAAUUAAACAUUCAAUUUAUUUGAAAUAAAUUUUCCAGAAAAUCUCUGGCACCCUUCAAUGAAAUGUUGGCAACACUGAAUCUAAAAGAAUUGCACAGUAGUAAAAAAUGUUUGGCUUUAGAGUAUAGUGUUGGUACAUUUCCAUUCUUUAGGAAAAUAAUCACCAUAUAUACCUUCCUAUAUACCAUUUCUCUGUUCCACUGGUCAUGUAAACCAGUUGGUCAGGUUGGGUUUCCUUUGUUCUUCCUGAUCUCCCCAUAGCCCCACCACAUCUGGAUUUGUUAUAUUAGAAAAUAAGAACAUCUAGUGAACUCUUUGAAACAGUAAAAAAGUGGGAUGAGGUGUAUGGCCACAUUCUCCUUUCUGAAAACAAAACCACAAUUCUGUGAAAUUCUUAUCUUGGAUAUGUUAGGCAGCAUGAUCAGUUUCUUUUUGUCUUUUGUUUAGAAUGAAGUUGAUAUGGGAACACAAAAUGGGAGCAGUAGCUAUAAGGCCCUUCUGCCUGCUCUACCGUGUAAUAUAUAGUUAUAUUCAGUUUUCUAAAUGAUUAACUAUUACUUUAGUUAUUGGCUCCAGCUGUUAAACUAAUUGGCUGGAAGUUCCCUGCCUUCUGCUUUCUCCUUUUUUGAGCAGAGGAGGCAGAUUGGCUUCUAAUAUUCUCGUACCUUGGAAUACAGCAAGUUACGAAAAUUUUCAACCUAUGGGUUCACCAUCUCUGCAGCUACUUCCUUUAAAAGCCUGGUGUGCAGUCCAUUGAAUCCUGCCAAUGUCAGCUUUUAGUUUUCUGAGUUUUUCCAAUAAUUUAUCCGUUGUAAUUGGGGAACUUUAUAUGUUCUACCAUGUUAUUUGAAAUUGAUAUUCCAUUUAUUUAUCUAUUUGUUGAGAUACUGCGCGGAAUAGGCCCAUCCGGUUCUUCGAGCCACACUGCCCAGCAAUCCUUCAGUUUAAGCCCAGCCUAAUCAUGGGACAAUUUAAACAGCCAACUAACCUGUGAGAGGAAACUGGAGCACCCAGAGGAAACCUACAUGGUCACGGGGAGAGCAUACAAACUCCUUACAGACAGCGUCAGGAAUUGAACCCAGGUUGCCUGUACUGUAAAGCAUUGUGCUAACCACUUCGCUACCGUGAUAGCAGCAGAGUCUUCCACAGAGAAGACUGACACAAAAGAUAUAUCCACCUUGGAUGAUUCCUCCCUCGUACCAAUAUAAUGGCCUUUAUUUAAAUUGAUUACACUGGUUGGAAAUCUGUAGUCUUCAUUUUCAAACUACAUUUGGAAUUUUAUUGUAUUUGUGGUCACUACCCACAAGAGUAGGAGUUCCUAACCUGGGGACCCUGGCCCCUCGAUUAAUGGUAGGAGUCCAUGGUAUAAAAAAGGUUGGGAACCCCUGCACUAGAGUAUCCUUAACCAAAUAGAUCUCUUAUUAAUCUUUUCCCAUUACAUACCAUGGUGGAGUAGCAGUUAGCAGGACGUAAGAACAGCUUGCAGUGUCAGAGUUCGGAGUUCAAUUCCGGUAUCAUCUUUAAGAAGUCUGUAAAUCCUGUCUGUGGAACGUGUGGAUUUUCCCCGGGUGCUCCAGUUCUGUCCCACAGAACAAAGAUGUACUGGUUAGGUGAAUUGGUCAUUUUAAAUUGUCUCAUUAUUAGGUUAGGGUUAAAUUGGGGUUGUUGGGUGUUGUGAGGUGGUACGGCAUGAAGGGCUGGAAAGGCCUACUCUGUGCUGUACUUCUAAAUAAAUAAACACACGUGCAAGUUCAAAUGUGAAUUAUUUAAUUCCUGGGUAAGCUCUGCAUCUACUGCUCUAAAUUGCAACUAUUGAUGCGUUCUGUAUAUUCUUCUAAUUUAUUUCUUGCCAAUUUGGUUUGUCUAAUUAAUAUAUAAACUGAAAUCCCUUAUGAUAAUUGUAGUACCCUUCAAACACAUCCUUGGUAUUUUCCAAUUAAUACUGUGACUUACUGAGAGGUCUCUUUUUUUUUGCGGGUUUGUAGAUUACUCCUGCCCAUGCUUGCCUUUCCCUGCUCUUCAUGACUUCACCCAAACCAAUGACACUGCAAUGCACUGCCAUUAUAUCAUGACUUGAUAUUGUUCUGGUACCUUCCUUGAUUAACAAAACAAUCCUAGUUUCUUUGCCCUUUGGCCUAUUCUUUUGGAAAAUGUAUAACCCGAAAUAUUGAGCAACUAAUCCUGGACACCUUGCUACCACGAGCUAACAACUUAUUUACUUCGUCUGCCCAAGCCUGUCACACUAUGACUGUCAAUUUCCCUGUCGCUACCCUGUACCAUUGCUCUUUCAAUUCUUCCUGAUUUCUCCAGUUUAUUAAAUCUGAUGUUCUUGGAGCUCUCACCCCUUCCUAGUAUGUUUAUAGACCUAUCUACAAUGCUAGAUAAGCAAUUUACCAGCACAUUGGUCCCAGCAACUAUCCAUUAAAUAGUUGAGUCAAAAUAAGUAGUGUUAAAAAAAAGACACAAAAGUAGUGAGGUAGCAUUGAUGGAUUGAAUGUCCAUUUAUAAAUCAAAGGGGAAGAAGCUGUUCCUGAAUCGCUGAGUGUGUGCCUUCAGGCUUCUGUUACUGUCGGAAGGAGGUACAAUGAGAAGAGGGCAUAUUGUGGGUGGUGUGGAUCCUUAAUGAUGCACGCUGCCUUCCUAAGUCGCCACUCCUUGAAGAUGUCUUGGAUACUGUGAAGGCUGGUAUCCAUGAUGGGGCUGACUAAUCUUACAAGUUUCUGCAACUCACUUGAAUCUUGUGCGGUAGUUAGAAUGCUCUGCAUGGUACUUUUGUUUUAAGUUUUUGAAUGUUUUAGUUGACAAACCAAAUCUCCUUAAACUUCUAAUGAAAUAUAGCUGCUGUCUUGCCACCUUUAUAGCUGCAGUAUUAUGUUGCAUCCAGGUUAGGUCUUCAGAGAUAUUGACACCCAGGAACUUAAUUGCUCACUCUCUCCAUCUGAUCCUUCAAUGAAGAUUGGUUUGUGUUCCUUUGUCUUACCCCUUCUGAAGUCCACAUUCAGUUCUUUUGUCUUGCUGAUGAUCGGCAGAAUUUAUAGAUGGCAUUUGAGCUAUGCCUAGCCACACAGAUAUGGGUGUACAGAGAGUAGAGCAGUGGGCUAAGCACAGUGGUAUGUCAGUGUUGAUUGUCAGUGAGGUGGAGGUGCUAUUUCAUUCCGCUCAGAUUGUGGUCUGCCAGUUAGGAAGUCGAGGAUCCAGUUGCAGAGGGAGGUGCAAAGGCCUUGGUUCUGUAGCUUUUUCAUUAGGACUGUAGGAAUGAUGUGUUAAAUGCUGAACUAUAGUCAAUAUCAGCAUCCUGACAUAUGUAUUUGCAUUGUCCAGGUGAAUCAAGGCCCUGCAUUUACUUCUCUAAACCUAUUUACCCUUUGUGGCUCAGAUAAUUAUGUGGAUAUUAUCACCGUAGUGGUUCUGUUUUUCAGUUUUGCCUGAACUCUUCAUACUUCAACAGAACUUACUUCCUCAUCUCGCUAUGUCACUAGUACUUGCAUAGUCCAUGACCAUGAACUGGUUCUACCUUCUACCAUUCCAAGUUAUUCUCCAGUCCAGAAAAGAUGUCGUUAACUGUAGAACCAGACAAGCAACACAGUCUUCAGGAAACCAUUUUGCUGCAGAGAAGUGUCUAUUCCCCUAACUGAAGGGUCUGGGCCCGAAACGUCGACUGUACCUCUUCCUAUGGAUGCUACCUGGCCUGCUGCGUUCACCAGCAUUUUUUGUGUGUGUUGCUUGAAUUUCCAGCAUCUGCAGAUUUCCUCGCGUUUGCCAUCCUAUAUGACUGCUACAUUUCAGCCUUCCUAGCACCAUUUGCUAUGGACUGUUUGCAUACCCUCUUCGCAGUCCUCUCGUCAGAUCUAUACAGGGAGCAAGACCAUAUUAGAUAAUGUGAACAGUUGGGCUUCAGGUUCUCAGUUCCCUCAACCUGCCUGUCUGUAGUCACACCAUCUUGUUUCUGACCAUGCACCAAUUUUGAGGUAGUUAAUUUAAGCGGCGUGGCUGCUUUCUGAAAUACCAUGUCCAGGGUACUCUAUCCCUCCCUGAUGGGUUGCAGUGUCAAUACCUGAACUUCUGCUCACCUACCCUGAGCUGAUGUUCCUUGAGCAGCCAACACAUGCUGCACCUACAAUCACUGUUUACUACAAUGGGAUCCACCAAUCCCACAUGUUGCAGUUGCAACACAUCAUCUACCCAGCCAUCUGUUCUAAUAAAUUGGUAGAAUUUAUUAGUUAAAUUAGUUUUUUUUUAGGUUUAUAUAUUGGUACGGUGCUAUUCACGCUAAUGUGCUGAACUUGACUAUUCACAAGUUGCUCAAUCAGUAUUUCCAUCACAAGGGACUUGGUAAUUACAGUGUUAAAUGAAGUUGUUACUAAUACAGCCUGCUUCUUCCUCAGAGGUGUCGGGUUGCUUUUAAUGCUGUUAGGCUGCAGAGAACACGUGAUGCAAAUUGCUUUGAUUAGUCAGUUUGUGAAGAGGGAGGGGUGUGCUUGACUGGAAAUGGGUGUGGAACAGAGGCUGGUGCAGAGUGACUCAGCAGUCAGAAGGCCAGCACCAGUCCUGAACAGCUUACUCCUCCAAGGUUCUGCUUUAGAUCUUCAUUUUGGUGACGUAAAUGUUGCAUCUCUUGAUAAAGAAUUAGAGGAUCAAGAUACUGGUGACAUAGGAUUAAAAGGUCAAAGACUAUUGGGCAGUUCGGCUCCUGUAAAUAUUCCGGGAUCUCUUGCUCGUUCUUCUUCUUUGCAUUCUUCUUCCUCCUUAUCUGCCUCUCCACUUGGUUCCCUUUCCCAGUCUUUCCUUUCAUCCAGCAUGGCUCCACAGCAGCAGUCUCAGCAACAAUCAAAAUCUGAGCAUACUCUCCUAGGUACUUCAGCUUCUUCUCACAGUUCCUUGGGUUUGAAUGGUGUUUCUGGAAGUAUCUGGGAUCACUUUGUUAGUGGUAAUUUCUCUCCCAGUCCAUCCCCUGUAUUCAGUAGUAGUGCCACAACGACCACUGCUGGCUCUAGUAACAAUGAGCUUGCCAGAGUGCGGAGAGAACUUGAGGAGGCAAAGCGCAAGAUAAAACAGUGGGAAGACUCUUGGCAACAAGUGAAACAGGCAUGUGAUGCAUGGCAAAAGGAAGCUCAGGAGGCCAAAGAAAGGGCAAAAGUGGCUGAUACAGAACGGCAAGUAGUAAUACAACAGAAGGAAGAAGUGGAUAAACAGCUAAAAAAGCUUCAGGAGGAUUUUGAUGCUUUAUGUCGUUCUCCAAACUUUCUCCUCCUUAGAAACUAUGGGGAUAUAGACAAGCUUCCUUUACCAAAGUUACAUUCUAUACAAGGCCAAUUGCGUGCAGAUUUGGACCUUGUAGAUGGGGUAAUAUAUCAGCUCCAGUCGAAGAAAUGCAUUGUAUGCCAGGAACGUGACCGUUCUAUAUUACUCCAGCCUUGCCAGCAUUAUGUCCUCUGUGAGCACUGUGCACCUAACAAAAUUGAAUGUCCCUAUUGUAAAACUAAAGUAAUGAACUGGUGAUGAAUAUAUUCUAGGUACAGGGACUAGCCUUUUGAAGAACGACUACACUAUUCUAACAAAUCAAAGCUGUAGUGCCCCCUCAUGUUGGAAAUAUUUUAUAUUACGCAGUGAGUACAUCCUACCCUACAAAAUACAGCAUUCGUCUCUAAUUUUUAAAAAAAUGCAUAUAGCUCUUUCCACUAGGAAAGCUUGCUAUAUGCAUCUUGGUAAACCUGUUAUUCACAGUAACUCCUUCGGUAUUUUGUUAAGCACGUUUAGCUAUACAGUUUGCUUUAGUCUGACCGUGCUUCAUAGACAGUGUUGCUGCAUUUCCAUCACUUCUAAGUUUACAACUGGACUCUACCGCAUGCAUUCAGAAAUGCAAUUGAAGUAAACUGUAGGCACUUCAGAUACCAAGUUCUAGUGUAGGAUUGACUUGCUGUGUAUUUCCAAUGAAUACUGCAUGCAGAGCACUGCAGCUUUAGCAUUUUUAUGUUCUAGUAUUUUACAUAUAAAAUUUAAAAAGGAAAAAAAAGACUAGGUUAUGUGAAGAGGUUUAAUUUCCUGUAAAGCACUUUGUUAACCUGGGUAUUUUUUUUCAUUUAGAAGAUAUAAUAAAUUGCUUUCAAGCUGCUUUGUAGUUUUUUUUCAGAAUAUGUGAUGAUAUAAAGCUUUGUAUGUGUACUGUGAAACCUAUUAAUAGAUAUUUGGUAUUCCAAUUCUUACUGUUAAAUUAUAGUACAGUGAACAUUGUUAGAUUUCCUAUUCUAAUUAAGUACAAUUAUAAAUAUUAGUAUUGUGCAACUUGCUAGGAUUUUUACAUUUUUCAAUUUAUAAAUUAAAUGCAAACUUUUAAUGCUUAAAAGGAUAACCAGCAGCAGUUUCAUAAAGGCACAUAUGCUAAACUAAGCAAACAAAUAGUCUGAAGACAAGUUUGCUAUUUUAUAUAAUAAAAUGAACUAGUCUUUUUUUUGUUUUUCUUUUCUCCAAAGUAAGCUGCAUUGACCAGCUUGUGGUUGGAGAUUUUGUAGCUAGCAUCAUGAAAAUUUUUAAUGAGUUUUUUUUUCCUCCUCUGUUGGUGCAACUCCUAGCCUUUUAAGUAUUUUAAAUAACUAUCUAAUUUCUGGCCACUGUUACCAAGUGCCUUCUGCCUUGCCUAAACCUGAAUUGCAAUGACAACUUUUGUCAGACAGGCAAAGGUACUUUGUGAAAUCUUUGCACUGAUUAUAUAUACAGAUUUAUACUUAAAUAUAUAAUUAAUGCAAAACCACAGACCAGCUUUCUCUUAAUAGAACAGAGGUAAGGUGCAUAAAAUUCAGGAUAAAACCAUACUGAUUGUGGAUGUUGAAAUUUCCACCACUUGUUCCGUCUGAUUUCUGAGUAUACUUACAGGAGGGCUAAGACCUAUCCUCUCUUUCAUAUUGGUCACUUGAUUGAACAGCAUUGUAUGUACAAGUUGUAAUUAAGAAUGGAAAAAAACUGACCUAUUACUGUGUUGAUUUAAAUUAUUUGUCUUCACUUCUUGUCAUUCUGUAUUAGAAGUCCAUUAAUAAUAUUGCCAACAAAGUGCUCAAAGAAACCUAUAGUAACAUAUACUUUAAAUCCUGAGUGAAUGGAUCAUAAAGUGUUGUUGACCAUUAAUUUUAAAAUUUGAGAUCUUUUUAAGACUUGCAUAUUGUUUAGCCCCAUGUGUAAAUGUAGAGGAGUCCAAGUCCUUAUUGGAACAUCCUUGAAACAAGUAACUGAGGAAGUGGCUGGUUUGAUAGAACCUAAUCAUUACAGUUAUGGAUUUGACAUUACAACCAACCUUACUAGUUAAGCUUCCACCAAAACAGCGUGUUUGGAAGAAAUCUGAACUAAGGCAGCUGAACUAAAUUUUAAUUGUUUACAGUAACAUGUAAUCAGGAAAACUUUGAAAUUCCCAUUCUAUGUAUAAUUAAUAAAUUUGAAGUCUUUAAAGUAUCAAUGACAUUAAAUAUUGGAUUAACUUAUCCAAGCCAAAACCUCAAAAGCACCCAGAAUUAAUGUCCUUGAAUUUAUGUGUAUACUUCUCUUUCGAUGAUGGGUCCAUUAUUGAUUGAAAGUCUAAAUGACUAUAACUCUGUGUAGUACAGUAAACUAAAUGCAGUGGUUAAGGACCAAUUUCAUGAAACACACUGCCACUAACCUUUAAAUAUAUUUGUAGUUAUGCAGUAAACUGAGGAACUUGUGUCCUGGUACACUGUGGAUUUAGAGACUGUUUUCAUCAUGUCAUUGGGUGGGUAAUUUUCCACCUCUGAUUAAAAUUCUAUGCACAUCAGUAUAAAUUUUGCAACUGAGUUGAACUUGCUUCUAGAGUAGAGGUUCCCAACCUUUCUUUUCGUCAUGGACCCCAGAUUGGAAACCCCUGUCCUGGAGUAAUACAAAUUUUACCAUGUGAAAUUCAUUUGUUUCACCCACCCACCAAAUCUCAAUGUCUCCCUAUCCUCCACUAUUGCUGAACUGUGUGCACAAACCAAACAAGCUCUUUGCACUUUGGUGAAGUGUUAUAAUGGACUUCUGGAUCACAUGUAGUCUUUGCCAAAGAACUUCUCUGUAUAGCAAUUUAUUAUCUGUAGUUUUAACAAGACAUGUAUAUACUAAACGGUAGCUUGUUAUAGGCAGAAUUGCUGAAACAGUGACCAAAAUUAGAAAUUUUAAUUCUGUAUCAUGUUCUCAAUAAGGGAAAAAAAAUUCCAAUUUUUGUAUAAAAAUGAAACUUAUUACAUGAAAUGCUCUUUGAUCACAGAUUGCUAACAUUUCUUUAAAAGAAUGUGGAUUGUGUUGAGUUCAGCAGCUACUAAGUAAACUAUUGGGGGAAAAUAGCAACUUUACAUAAGCAGUCAACAAUUCAAGGUUUACUUUCAUGUAUUCAAGAUUAUUGUGAAGAAAACUUUUGCUUGGUAUUUGUUGUUUUUUCCAAAAGAAAUAGUGGCCAUAUGCAUCAAUGCUUAAUUAAACUGCUUAGAAGAAUUUUGUAGGUUUUUUUUGUAUUGAAACAUGUUAAUGGUUAAACCUAUUACAUAUUAUUGCUUGUGCACUACUGUUGGCAUUCAUGAGGAACUAUGUAACUAAAUUCGUUCAUUACUGCAUGUACUGUACUCUGCCAUCAUUAUGAUAGAAAACCAAUGACCCCAUUUAUUUUCACUUCGUGUGCUGAAUGUGCGCCAUUGACUGACGUGCAGUAUUCAUUAUACAUUUAAGUAUUCACUCUCUUUUCAUAAACUAGCAAUUUGGCCAGUAUCUAGUAAUUGGAAGGAAACAGUAUGGUAGGAAAAAAAGAGUUGAUAUAAAUCAGUAUUAAGAAUUUCUGUUGCAUUAAAGCAAGAUUAUUAGUCAACUUUAGAGUAUCGCAGCAGUUAGCGUGAUGUUAUUACAGCUUGGGGUAUCGGAGUUCAAUCCCAGUAACCCCUGUAUGGAGUUUGUACGUUCUGCCUGUGGAAUGCAUGGGUUUUCUCCAGUUGCUCUGCUUUCCUGCCACAGUCCAAAGACGUACUGGCUAGUAAGUUAAUUGGCCAUUGUAAAUUGUCCCGUGAUUAGGUGAGGGUUAAAUCAGGGGCUACUGGGCGGUGCAUCUCAAAGGGCUUAUUCUAUGCUGUAUCUCUAAAUAAAUACAUUUGACAAGGCAAUUUCUUAACUGCUUUCUUCAAGUACUUGCCUAUUAGCUGCCCAGGCCAAAGACUUAUAAAGGUAACAGAAAUACCAGAUUGCCUGUAGUUUUAUUGGUGUCCUCCCUCUUCGGCUUUGUGGGUCAGUACUUGUUCAGAAAGCCCAAUCAACUUAAUUUCCUUAAUUGAUAUGUUGUAAAAUUAUAUAUUCAGCCCAAGCUAAGAUUAUCAUCCAGAUUUUCAUGAGCUAGCUGUCACUAUUCUCAUUGGAUCUUGUUAGUCCUAACUAACCUUUUUUUUUGUUCUUUGCACAACAUCAGUGCUGUACCAAAGCUUGUACAUCACUGCAGCAAUGAACCGUUUGAUCACUCAUUCACUGUCUUAAACCUAGAUAGCAUGAGAUUAACUUUUUCCUUUUUUUCUCCCUGAUCUGUCAGUUAUAAAUUAUAAAAUACUUUGGAGGUGCUGAGUGACCUGGCCUAGUAAACCACUGCCUCACAACACCAGCUGAGCAUUUACCCUCUGAAGCCCCACUACUUAGCAUUAUUGUGACUUUUGUACAAGAAAGAACUCAAUGAACUCCAAUUUUAAAAAAAUGAAAUGCAAAGUUGAAGUUGCAGAGCACUUAAUAAGAAACAUUAAACCCUGAACACAAAAUGUCCUAAAUAUUUGCAGUGAAUUAAUGUUUGAUUCUUUUUCUGUAGUUCCUUCCAUUUGCUGAGUGAUAGUGGGAAAAUGUAUAUAUUAAAUGUAAGUUUUCUUUGACCUGCACACUUUGUGCUAUAUAUUAAGUAUGAAGUAUGCGCAGAAGUAACCUGUGGAAGAAAUGGUUAGCAUUAAUGGUGCCAAACUGGUAGAAAAGUGUAAAUGGUCAACAAAGAGCAUUUUAAAAAGUAACCUACAGUGCCAAAACUGCCUUAAGAGCCACUCAAACAUUAAAUGCUGAAUACUAUGCCCCAUCCUCAAGGAACCAAUUGUAUAGAAAAAAUUGUCCAACUAUAUUACAAAAAUAUAUCAAAAGAUAAACAUUUACAUUAUCUAAUGUGUUUUAUAGUUAACAGACUUGAGUUUUGGGUUCGGUCAGUUAAGAUUAGGAAGGUGGUACAGUUACAUGCAGUGUGAUAACGAAUAAAUUGCUGAAAUUCCCAUAGUGAGUAGCUUGUCAGGGUUGAAAUAAAUCUUUCCCAGGUAUGUGAAGUCACUGAAUGUGUGUUGGUAUACAAACUAUUUCCCCCAUAUAACGGUUAACCGCAUUGCCCAGUGGUUCCGAAAUAGAAUUCUGCACCAGCUUGACGUAUUUAAAAAUUGUGAAAUGCAGGGUUUAAGAAUCUAGUGCUUGGGAGAUGGGAUUAGGUGGGUUUGCACUUUUUCAACCACCACAAACAUGAUGGGCUGAAAGAACUUGUCAUUUAUUUUAUGAAUCCAUCUCCAUCGCUAUUUUUAAAGAAUUGUAUCAAUCCCACUUAGAGAUAGUUCAGUGAGAUAUCGGCUAACUGAUGUGAUUUGUCAGUGAUACUUUAAGCAGUCUGAAUUUAUUCUAUUGAGCCAGGAAGGAUAAUGUUAACAAUUCCUGAAUUCUAUCCAGUGCCUGUGCCCUUUGAUUCAAUAGGUACAUUCUUUUGUGGCUGAACCUUUUUCUAUUAAUUAUUUCCCUCUUAAUGAGGAUGGGAGUAGUGCAGUUCCUUGUCAUACUCUGAUUACCCCUUUUGGAGAAUUAAUUAGCUGUGUUUAUGGUCUUCCCCAAUUGCCCGUAGCAGAAGUGCAGCAUUUUAGUAUAUGAAUAAACUUGUAUCCUCCAGCAAGUGAUAACUUUGUUGCACAUCAGUAGGUGUGUUUUAAGGCUCAUUUAUUGUAAUACAUGCUUGAGUAUAGAAAUAGCUUGUUGCCAUGUCAAUAAAAUGUAAUCCUGUGGCUAUUGCAGUAAUGCCUAUUUUCUGCAAGGUUUGUAGAAUUAAUUAAAUUGUAAUAACUAAUUAAGUUUAUAACAUAAUUUGCUCCACUUCACAAUUGGUCCAUGCUAUAGAAAAUCACCAUGGGCAACAGUAAUCAAAGACGAACAAGUUAAGCAACAACAAAUAGUUAAUCUUGGUUAUUGUAACUUUUUACUGCCAGAAUUGUUCAUGGAAACAAAUUGGAUUCAUUAUAUAAUAGCCCAUAAUUGACGGGUGGUAGAUGUGCUGAGAUGGCCAAUUACUGAGACUAGCCUUCAUCUUUUACCUGACGAUAAUUCCAUUGAUGUAAAUGUACAGAGUAAAAGUAUUUUCAGUCUUAAGAUCUUAACUUUGCUGUAAAAAUUUAAUUUUUUAAUGGAAUUAGUUUCUAUGUGAACACACUUUCAGAAUAUUUAUAUGCAAGUUCCUCAGCCUGGGAAGAGCAAUGAAAUGGGAGGGAAAAAAACUCGUAUUUUCUCAGGGUUUAAAGGAACAAUCUGUAAACCAUUCUGUAGCAGUUAAGCUGCAUUUAUAGAUCUGUUUAUUUUGAAAGCUCUUUGAAUGGGGUUAUUGUUAUGACCAGGGCAGCAGGCAUGAUGGACUGUUGGAAAAAUCCAGCAGCUAUGUAUUUGUGCUAGUUUCUGUGCACAUCACCAUUUCACUUCAAAUGAAAUACCCAACUGCCCCCUUUAUCUUUUUUUGCUUUAAUCCAAUCAUAAUUAUGUAUGCCGCUUGCAUUUUUUUUUAAAUCAGAAGGCAUACAGGACUGACCAAUCUAAAACUUUGCAUGAAUAGAAAACAGCUAAACCAGUAAAUAGUUGCUUCAGAUCUGCAACAAACUAAUUUAGCCACCUUGUUCUCAUGAAAAUUUGACAUUCAAUUACAUAAGGUGCAAGAAUUCAAUUACAUUACUGGCGAAAUGUAUUACAUUAGUAACAUAUCCCUGACUCUGUGAUUUAUGUAUUGAUGUGGAAUAGCUCAUAUCUUAACUAGUGUCUAAAUAUUACUGAAAUAUUGUCUUGGUAUAUUAAUUUUGUGUGGUCAAAACAAGACCUUAAUUGAAUAUUAUUGGAAUUUUUCAUUUUGUGUAUUAAUUUAUGGAAGCCUGUUGUAUGCAGUCUAGGUGAGUGUACACAAACAAUGGCGAUCUGAAUGGAAUGUUCUUACAGAAGGUAUUUAUAAAUGCAUAAUCAUUUUACUCUAGUUCAUUGUUUAAAUUGUUAACACUUGUUAAGAUUUUUACACUAUAGCAUUUAUGCAGUGGUUUACAGAAUUCAUGGAAUUAUUUUUAUUAUCAAUAUGGGAAUUAAAAUAAUUUUUGA